AGUUUUGCGGGCGCUGUGAGUGGGCAGAGGGAGCUGCUAGUUGUUUGGAUUAAAAUUGCAAAUUUCGCUUUCGAGGCGCAGAGAAUGUCGUGUUCGGAGUUUAGUUCGCCCAGGUACGACGAGCUGCCGCUGGAGAUUGUUUUGAAGAUUUUCAGCUACUUGGGCUACUCGGAUCUGCAGGCGGCCGGAGGAACCUGCCAGCGAUGGCACGCGGCGCUGGACCAGACGGAGUUCAACAUGCGCACGCGCGUCUGCUUCUCCAAGGUGGUGCUGUCGGACCAACUGAGUCCUGUGGCGGAUCUGCUGCGCUGCGAACGCCGCUUCAGGCACUUUUUGUUCGAGGACGUGACGUUGGGCCAGGUGAAGGAGCUCAUGCGGUUCAUGGGCCGGACGGCGCACUCACUGGCCCUGGACAAUGUUGAUCUGAACGACAAGCAGUUCUACGGCAUGCUGGGCGUGCUGCCGCACCUUCACUCGCUGUCGCUGAAGCGCUGCCUUCCGCUGUUCAUGUCCGGGUCGUUUUUGGACACGCACAACAAUUCCUGUCCCGACCUUAACGACUUGGCCAGCAACCUGGCCGGAAUCAGGGAGUUGACACUGUGCGAGAAUCAGUAUCUCACCGACGCCAUCCUCAUGCGGCUCACCUCGUUCAUGCCCAGCCUCGAAGUGAUCAACAUGUCUGGCUGCCACAUAGCCUUCCACAACGCCAUCCAUCGCAGGUUUUAUCCCGGCAACGGCUCCUCGGAUCAUGUCUUGCCCAGUGAAUCCGUGCUGACGUUCAAGUUUAUCCUGACCAUCUUGAGUUUGCAGCGGCGGACGCUCCGCCAGCUGGACUUUAGCCACACGCUGAUAGGUCAGGCGUUGAUGGCGCUCAGCGACCUUAAUCUCCAGCUGCAGCGCCUCUACUUGGCCGGAUGCCGUCAGCUGAAUUGCACAACCAUCAGGAACUUCCUGGCCACUCAGCCUAGUUUGACUACCUUGGAUUUAUCGGCCACGAUGUGUGUGAGCGACGAGAACCUGGCAGCUCUGGUGCAAACGAAUCCGCAGCUAGAACACUUGAAGGUCAACGGAUGCCUGAGCAUUACUAAUGCAGGCGCCGUACACCUGGCCAAGUUGAAGCGUCUCAAGAGCCUAGAUAUCUCCAACUGCGACAGCAUAACCAGCAGCGGCAUCACCGAGGGCGUGGCCAGCGAGGAGAACAAGGUGCUGGAGGAGCUAAAUGUUUCGUACUUGCAAAUCUGCCAAGAGUGCAUCAAGGCCAUUGCCAGUAAUCUGCGCUGCCUGCGAUCGCUGCACCUGAAUCACUGCGUCAAUGGGGCCACCGAUGAGGCAAUUCAAUCGGUCAUAGGGCAGCUGCGUUGGCUACGCGAACUCUCCCUGGAACACUGCAGUAUGUUAACAGAUGCUGCACUCACAGGCAUAAACAUAUCCAAGCUGGAGUUUAGUCGGAAGCAGUCUGGUUCCCAGGUUUCCUCAAUGGACAACUUCUAUCCGCCGUACAGCAGCACUCUGGCCGAGCGCGACAGCUUGGCGGGAUCCUUGCAAUCCAUCAAGAUAUCACUGAGAAGCAAAGCGGAGGAUGAGAUUGUGAGAGAUGCCAGACGGAAGCAGGCUAUGCUUGCUGCCUACGAAAUGAACCUCAUACGCGAGGAUGACUUCGAGGGGCACAACAUACAGCAAUUGAGGGGCUUGAGGUCCCUUAACCUCCGAGGGUGCAACAGGAUCAGCGAUGUGUCCCUCAAGUACGGCUUGAAGCACGUGGAGCUAAAGCGCCUGUUGCUUUCUAACUGCCAACAGAUUUCGCUGCUGGGCAUGGAGGCGGUGGCCAGCAGCUGUCCCUCAAUCGAAGAGCUGGAUUUGUCCGACUGCUACAACAUCAUGGAUAAGACCAUACAGGUGGUCACCGCCAAGUUGCCGCGUCUGCGGGCCUUGCACAUAAGCGGCUGCAGUCAGCUGACUGAGCACACGCUGGACGCCAUAAUCACGAACUGCACGUGUCUGCAGACCCUGUCCAUCUACCGUUGCCGCAGCAUGUACACGGACUUGGAGGAACGACUGUCCGGCGUGAGAACGUUGCGUAACCUCAAUAUGGACAAUCUGACGAGCAUCGACAACGCCGAGUUCUUCCGCUUGAAGAAGCGCCUCGAUUACUGAUAUUUCGCCGCCAUCUUCAUUGUCCUUGUGUUGUAUUACUUUCAGUUGUACAACUUCCGCUAGUCAAUCGCCCAAUCCCAGCAGCAUCAGCGCCCGUAUAUAUAUUUAUUUUUAUCUUCAACAAUCUGCUCCCCGGUAGCAAGGUCUCUGUUGUGAGGGCUAUAGUCAAAUAUACUUGCAUAUAUGCGGCCACCAUAAAUGUAUUUGCAUGUACACUCACUUUGAAAUUAACCACGCGCACUUUUCUGUAGGAAUAGGUAAAUAAUUACAAAUCUCGAUUGUAAUUUGGUUAUCCAAAUAAUUGUCCCCAAAUAAUUGUCCGCAUUCAACUGUGAUUUUUUAUAUACAGUACGUAUUUGUCGUAUGUUAAGUAAAAGCGA